AUGGCGCCAGCCGAGACCAAAAAGGCCGACUCGGGCCCUCCCAAGCUUUCCGACUACAGCACAAUCCUCGACGAGAGCACAUUUGAGCAGAUCCUGGAGAUGGACGAUGACGACGAGGACCGGGAUUUCAGCAAGAGCAUCGUUUAUGGUUUCUUUGACCAGGCCGAGAACACUUUCAAGAAGAUCCAAAAGGAAAUAGAUGACAAGAAUCUCAACGAACUCUCGGCCCUCGGUCACUUCCUCAAGGGCUCAUCCGCCACACUGGGUCUGAUCAAGGUCAAGGACGGCUGCGAGAAGAUCCAGCACUUCGGCGCUGGAAAGGACGAGACAGGCGUCAUCGACGAACCCGAUAAAGAGGUUUCUCUGAAGGCCAUUAAAAAGACACUCGACGAAGUUGUGGUCGCCUAUCGCAAGGUCGAGAAGCUCCUGCGCCGAUACUACGGCGAGGAGGUGCCCGAAGAGAAGGAAGAGAAGCCCGCAGAGAAGCCCGCAGAGAAGGAGGAGGAGAAGACGGAAGAGAAGCCCGCAGAGAAGGAAGCCCCCAAGGAGACCAAGGACACCAAGGACACCAAAGAGACCAAGGACACUAAGGAACCCGUGGAGUCCAAGCAGUCUAAGGAUUCCGAGGUCAAGGAGGCCUCGAAAUAG